AUGGAGCCUGAGAACCCGAACGCCUUUAAGCGGAGCUCAAUGCACCAAGCGCUCUACAGCCGCCCAGUGGAACGUCGUUCAAGCAAGAAGUCUUCAUCAAGAGAUCGGCAUGGGAUGGUCUAUCCUGACAAUUUCCGAGAAACCACCAUUCGAACCGUGACGCCAGAGUCCGCCAACCACUCCCCUUUGUCUGAGCCCGAGCAACUUGCGGGCGGCACUGCAUCUUCGCCUCAUAGUAUCGCGCGAUCACGAACCACCGAACCCGAACGUAUCCGAAGUCUCAACAAGCACUCGGGAGGAGCCGAGGAAGAUACCCCAGUGGAAGGCAGGAGCCAACGGGCGCGAUCGCGAACAACGACAGCCGAGGAGCAACGAAACGAGACUAAUACCUUCAAAUCCCGAACGCGCAUCGGAUCGAUCAAUACGGCCAGUCCGUCGCAGUCUAAGGUUCCCGAAGACCCUUCUUCUUCGAUUGGUUUCCCAUCGAUCCAAAAGUACGCUAGCCACACAGUCCCUCGCAAUCGACUCAGCAAGGCUGCGGCCGGUCUCGUCGGAGGAGCAAUCAACCAAGAUUCAUUCGCGUCACCACUUUCAAGCACAGAAGCCACUAAGAUUCUCCAAUUGAUGAAGACGACCUGUGGCAGGAUGCAUGGAAUUCUUUCAUUUCGGUCCGCCCCGACCACUUCCUGGACGUCUGGGUACUGCGCUAUCAAUGUCGCGACUGGAAGUCUCAUCUACCAAGCCAAGGGAGAGCCAGCGCUGGCUAAGACUUUGAUACCUGACCUACGUGGUUGUCGAGUUCGAACAAUGUUCGAUCCCGACCUCCAGACAACUUAUCUGAGCGUUCACACCUUCACCUCCGGGCUCGGAAUUCAAUUACGGCCCCACGUCAAUGAGACAUUUGAUUCCUGGCUUGCGGCUCUUCUGUGUUGGCAGCCCAUUCGACCAAAAGGCGUUCAAAACAAGAUGACCAAACCCCAGGAAGUUGUGAUGGGAGAUCGACGAAUCCCAGAUCGGCGGCGGAACUCUGAGAGCUCGGCACAAAAAGAUGCAACGAUUAUCAAAGUUGGCAAGAUGCUUUUGUGGGAUAAGCCAUCAGCUUCCGGCGCAAUGCCGGUGUCUGGACGCCGCGUCUCGACAUACAAACAGUCUAGGGCUCUUUCUUCGUCCUGGCAGAAAGUGAGCUGCACGCUACAAGAAAACGGACAUUUCAAGCUUUACACGGAAUCCGAUGUAUCGCUUAUUGCCACUGUGCAUUUGUCCCAAUUGUCUCGUUGCGCGAUCCAACAACUGGACUCUUCUGUGUUGGAUGACGAGUUUUGCGUUGCCAUCUAUCCCCAAUACGCGGCACACCCUGUAGCUGAAUCAAACCUGCGCCCCAUUUAUCUUGCUCUCGAGAGCCGCGUUCUUUUCGAGGUAUGGUUCGUGCUACUGCGGGCUUUCACCAUCCCUGAGCUCUAUGGCCCUGCAUCUCAUCUCCGUGAAGACCCCAAUAAAACACCGGAAGCCGAAGUACCUGGAACGCCGUCAACCAAAGAUAUGUUCCGAAUUGAGCGGUUUUUGAAUCUGAAAAUUGUGGAGGCAAAACUCUUCCGCGCCAAAGAGGAGAGUACGCCGCGAAGCCGCAAAGCAUCAAGAUCACAUGGACAACCUAGCCCAUCCCCUAAGCUAAGUGACUAUUACACAGAGGUGCUUCUUGAUGGAGAAAUUCGCGGCAAGACUGCCGUCAAGUACCGCACCAUGAAUCCUUUCUGGCGAGAGGACUUUGUUUUCAACGACCUACCACCAGUUCUUUCACAGGCUUCUAUUCUCAUCAAAACCCUCAAUCCUACACAAAAAGACUGGACGCUCAUUUCUCACGGAACAUACGCCCCAAAUCAGGAUAUGAAUGCAGUGAACAUGUUAAACGAGAUUGAGAUCUCUACAAAUGACGCCAUUUCCGGACGGGUGGACUUGCGACUCGAAGAACUGGACACUGGCGUGGAUACCGAAAAAUGGUGGCCUAUUCUGGAUGAUCAAGAUCAGCCGAUCGGCGAGAUGUUCAUGCGUGCCAGAAUGGAGGAAACUGUUGUCUUGAUGUCCGACGAAUACUCAGCGAUGUCGGAGUUACUCCAUAAUUUCACCAAUGGACUGACCAUCAAUAUGGCCCAGUUGAUGUCAUCGGAGCUCAAUCAUCUCGCUGAAAUGCUGCUCAACAUCUAUCAGGUGUCGGGCUCAACGGUUGAGUGGAUAUCAGCGUUGGUUGAAGAUGAAAUCGAUGGCGUUCACAAAGAGUCUACUACCAACCGACUGAGAUACACCACAAGGAUCCAUUCCAAUAACACACAGGAAACCAGUCAAGAACGCGAAGUCCUCGUCAGAGACAUGGGGAGAACGGCUACCGUGGAGGCUAACCUUCUGUUUCGUGGAAACUCGCUCCUAACCAAGGCCCUCGAUCUUCACAUGCGUCGCCUGGGCAAGCAAUAUCUAGAAGAUACCAUCGCAGAGAAAUUACGAGACAUUGACGACAGCGAUCCGGAGUGCGAAGUCGACCCAUCUCGUGUGCCACGCCACGAGGAUCUUGAGCGCAACUGGCGGAACCUCACAGCCCUCACAACCAGCGUCUGGAAAUCAAUCGCGGGAUCUGCAUCGCGCUGCCCUCCAGAGCUGCGUCGCAUUUUCCGACACGUGAGAGCAUGCGCGGAUGACCGUUACGGCGAUUUCCUCCGAUCUGUGACCUACAGUAGUGUUUCUGGCUUCUUGUUUCUGCGCUUCUUCUGUCCCGCCAUUCUGAACCCCAAGCUUUUUGGCCUAUUGAAAGAUCACCCUCGUCCUCGGGCACAGCGCACAUUGACCCUGAUUGCCAAAGCUUUGCAGGGGCUGGCUAACAUGACAACAUUCGGUAACAAGGAGCCCUGGAUGGAGCCGAUGAACAAAUUCCUGGUCGGCCAUCGCUCGGAGUUCAAGGACUUCGUCGACUCAGUUUGCGCAAUCCCAGCCGAUCGACCAGCUCCCAUCGUCACACCCUCAUACACCACCCCUAUCCAGAUCCUCGGACGAUUGCCGCCUACUUCGCGCGAGGGAUUCCCCAGUCUUCCAUUCAUUAUUGAUCAUGCCCGUUCUUUCGCAAAUCUGAUUCGUGUGUGGCUGGAUGUAAGCCCGGACCGAUUCAACGAAUUGAGCGAAGUGGACAUCAACCUUUCGAAAUUCCACAAAGAAGCCCUGCACCUCCGGGCACGAACGCAGGAGUGUCUUACCCGCGCUGAGCAAGCCGAGCGUCCCAGUGGCACCCUGGAAAUCAAAUGGGAAGAAUUGGUAGACCAGAUGGAGCGAGCGGUGACUUUUCACGACGAACCCCCAAGCAAGCCAAGCACACCAGCACCGACAGACCCAUCAAUAGCUGGCUCUGCACCAACUCCAAACAGUCAUCGUAAUUCGAUUGGAUUCUUCGCCCCCCGUCCUGCAAUCCCCCGGCGCUCCACCGACAAUGCCCCUGACGCCGAGGACGAUACACCACCAAGCUCAUCAUCGGCUACGUGGGACCAGAGCCGUAUCCCAUUCGCCAUUCCUCGCUGGUCCGACCCGCGUGACAGCACCGGGAGCUCAAAGAACUCGUCAACUUACUCGCUGGAGUACUCUGAGUCUUCUAAAACACGCAGAGCCAGCGUGAGCAAAGAAUCAUCGAGCAAGUAUCGCUUCUUUGACUUCGUGCCUGCUCCGUCCCGACGCAAAGCCAAGGACCGUGAUCAAUCUCACAACCACUCGCACGAGGAUUUACGCAACGAAUCUUGA